AUGAAAAAUAACAUAAUUUCCAUAUCGUCCAAAAAGUUUGGUGAAGUGCGCUCCAUCAACUUAUCACUAAAGCAGUCUCCACUUGCACCUUUUUCUAAAAGGUGGUGUCAAAUAUGCAUUCUCUAUAUAGUGCUUCUGAGUGGAAGGGAAGGCUGCACUGUGAUCUCAUGGACCAGUCAUGCAAGCACAUGCAAUGGUUCCAUAGCAGAAUGCAAUAUAGAGGAUGAGCUGCUGAUGGAAUCAGAAAUAAGCAGAAGGUUUUUGGAGCAGAAGAGAUACAUUUCCAAUGGAGCUUUAAAGAGAGACAAGCCAGUUUGUAAUGGUGGUGCCUCUGGUGAAGCUUAUAGUAAAACUGGAGGGUGUCUUCCACCCCCCUCAAAUCCUCAAAAUAGAGGCUGCUCUAAGUAUUAUCGUUGUAGGUCUGACUCUUGA